CUCAGAUUGUUGACAUCAGGAUAUGACUGACUGUAGCACACAGCAACAUCUUUGAGUUCCGUCCGCUUGUUUUACGCUUUUGUCCUGCAGCUGGUGGAUUUCCUAAAGUGCUAUGGAUGAAGCCAGUCAUUAUGUAUCUAAUGUUGAACUGGACCGGAUGGAAAUGGGAGAAGAGAUCUUGCCAAGCACAGACUGUGUUUCCUCAAGCUUUGUUGAAUCUGCAGGGGCUGGCAGCUCAGAUUCCUGCCCACCUGGGACAUCUAGGAGAGGAUGCCGAGCUGGGAGCAAGAAAAAGACUAUUAAAAAAAAUUCCAGUUUAAAAAUAGAUAAAAAACACAAGAGGAAAACGUUUAAUCGUACCCCCAGCCUUGGUUACACUAUCCAACAAGGGGAGGACAUGCUUCUCAUAAUCUCUAAUGACCCAAAACGGAGAGUAUGGAAGCGAAAGAAAACCAAAGUGGGCAGAGCUAAACUUUCAACUUCUAGGGUGAAAAGCAAGAUAUCAAAAGUUGGGAUAAAAGGCAAAGCGAUUACUCAGAAUGUCAAAGUUGAGGCAGCUGGACUGCAUUCUCAUGAACAGGAGGCCUAUGACAGAUGGGGUCAGAACAUGCCAUUGGAAGUUUUGGUGACCAUUUUUCAGCUGGUGGUAAAGAAAGAAGGACCAAUACCAUUUCUUUGCAGAGUGGCCAGAGUUUGCCAUCUGUGGAGUGGUGCUGCUGCUCAUCCAAUUCUGUGGUGCAGUGUGGCGAUUGGGUACUGCUGGACUCAGCCUGGGAAAACACAGUCACCAAAAAUGCAGCUAAAGGUUCAGGACACCAUAAGCUGGUUGGCUCAGAACAGGUUUUCUCAGCUAAGAGAGUUUCAUCUAUCUCACUGGAGAAAACAUGUGGACUAUGUUGUGCAGGUUGUUUCUCAGCACUGCCAACAACUCUCUGCACUGAAGCUGUCACACUGUUCUGGUUUGACUGAGAAGGCCUUUCAGUUCCUUGGAAAAAACUGCCCAUCACUUGAAAGCAUCGAUAUCCAGUACUCAGAGAUACAGAUUGAAGGCCUCGUCAGUUUUCUGGAAAUGUAUGGGAGUCGAAUAAGGAAAUUUCUCUUCAGCUACGGAACUAAAAGUGAACGACUUCUCACUGUUCUUGCAGGGGGAUGCUGUCCUGAGCUAAAACAGUUGGAAAUUAACACUAAGCUGGAUAGUGGAUAUUGCCAGCUUCCUAUCUGCAUACAAGCUUUACAAAGUGGCUGUCCUAAACUACAGGUUUUUAGAAUGCUGAAUGUCACAGCAAUGCCGAAAACAGCCAGAAGAGGUCCCUGCUCUGCCUCUGGCUUUCCGCAUCUAGAGGAACUGUGCAUUGCAUCAUCCUCUGUGUCCUUCAUCAUGGACCAUGACCUGAUCACUCUGCUGCAUGGCUCGCCCCGCCUGCGUGUCCUGGACCUGCGUGGCUGCACACGCAUCACUGCCACAGCUCUCUCCACACUGCCCUGUCAUGAGCUGGAGUGUCUGUACUGGGGCCUGUAUUCCAGUAGCAAUAGUAUAAUGUCAUCUAAGAAGGGCAUCCACCUGCUGACAGAGAAGUGGAGCCAUACCCUACAAGAGCUGGACCUCAGCAGCCAGCCCUUCUCUGAGCAGGACUUGGAGGUUGCCAUGGGAGACCUAGUUCACAGCUCUGGGGCAGAUAGGUUGCGUUCUCUAAACCUCAGUGGAACUAAGGUUACCUCAAAUGCUCUCAGGUCAGUUAUAAGCCACUGUACAGAACUCAACUACUUAAAUCUGUCAUCUUGCCGGUAUCUGCCCAGAGGCCUGAAGAGGAUAUAUCGUAGCCAGGAGGACAUCCAGCAACUACUGGACAACUUGCCAUUAACUUGAUGAGUUGGAAACAUCAAGAAUAAUCUUUUAAAAUUGUUUGUCUCUUGUUUUGAUUGGCUCGGCCAGCAGCCAUACCAUCAUGCACCCAGCUCCUGCCAAUUGGCUGAAGCUAAGCAGGUAUGGGCUUGGUUAGUACUUUGAUGAGAGACCUCCUGGGGUUGGUCGGCCAGUUGGGGGGCAAUCUUCCCUCUGGUCAAAUUAUCCCCAAUGCCCCAGCACAGUGAUGGAGACACUGUGCUGUAGGAGACGCUGUCUUUCAGAUUUGACUUUUUUAGUAUUUAAAAACAUUUUUUUUUAAUGUAUCGAGGUCCUGAAUCACUGUGGUCAUUAAAGAUCCCAUUACACUCUUUGCAAAGAAUAGGGGGUUCCCCUGUGUUCUGGCUAAACUCCUAGCCAUGGCUCUUUCAACCUGCCACCUGAUUCAAUUAACAAAAACAUUGUUCUCUCCCUCCACCUCAGUUGGUGUGUGGUGAGUGUUCUGGUGCAAAAUGGCAGCCGUGCAUCACUAUGUUCCCCUCAUCUGUUCCAUUUCACAACUUGGAAAUGCUGAGUUGCAUCUUAUAAUAUAUUGGUUCUAAUUUGUAAUGUUCAGAAAGUUAAAUGUUCAGUCAGUCACUCUUGCCACUAUAUUUCUUUUCCACUUGCAGAGACCACUAGUAGUCCCAUUAUGGACUAGGGUGCUAAUUAUGUCUGCAAGUACAGUACUAUUGUGUGUGUAUAUAUGUAUAUUUGUGUGUGAUGGGUAUCAUGGAAUAAUUUUCAUAUUCUUAUUGCAAAUUUCAAUUUUUUUCUUUUGUAUGAAUGACUCAUACGAGUGUGCCACAUCAGAUUCAACAACUGCUCUUCUGAAAACUCCUAAAUAACCAUGGAAUCUCAACUAUAUGUAAAUGAGCUCACGUUCAUGAGAACUAUGAAUUAGCAUAAACUCCUGGUUGCAACGAUGUCUGGAGUCAAGAAACACUGUAGUUGGUGCUGUAGGCGGGACCUAAUCCACCUCGGAACACUGUCGACACUUGAUUGGACAGACUGCGUCCACUAUAAUACAUUUCCGAAAACAUUUGAGUAGAAAAAUAAGUUGUGUGUCAUGCAGAUGCACCGUCAUGCAAUGCAAGCCUUUCCAUAGAAAGUGAAUGGAAUGCGUUGCUUACAUGAUUUGUACGACAGGUCGGGAUGACUCGUAAAUAUUCUUCCUACCUAAGAAAAAAUUCUAAAUGCAAUAAAAUUGGUGAAUGCGCCAAAGUCCUUUAUAUCACUUGUAGAAGCAAUUUAAGAACAAAUCUGUUUGUAUGAGUGGUUCGUCCAUGACACCCAAUGUCUUAUUAAAAGGCCUGCUGGCUGUUUCAGAGUCAAAGCUGAAUUCUGAGGGAGACUGAGCAUUUUGGUUAUAGCAUUAACAUACAGCAUUUGUAGGUCCGAGAAUCUUUUUUGGAUUUUGCCUAUUCACAUUAAUGUUGUAUUCAUUGUCCUAAUUGAUUGUAUUUUAUGUCUGUUUAUUGGUGUUCAUGUUCUUUUGCUAUUCUAAAUAAAUGUAUUAUUUUG